AUGGAAUGUAUACGACGACGAGCCGAUCAAGUCAUACUAGACAUUACUUAUAAACUCUGUAAUUUGGAGUGUAAUACUACUUCAGAUGAUGAUAUCAUAUACGAUAAAGAUAAUAUCCAUCCUUCAACAGCAUUGAUUCAAUUACUUUUUACCAAAUCACCCGAUGGUACUGAUAAUGACAAGUGUCUGUUUCAUCAUCUAUCAUAUGAAACAAAGAAACAUAUGCAUGAAAUCAUACUCGAGCAUAUCAAACAAUUAAAGGAGUUUGUUCACCACGAAAUGGAAUUAAUUCAAUUAAUUAUAUCAAACCAAUAUAAUAAUGAUGAAGAUAUUUAUUUAUUUAUUAUUCAAACAUUUAAUUGGGUUAAUACUUUGUUUGAUGAAAAGAUGGUCGAUGAUUGGGACAAAGAUCAAUAUGGCCCAAUGAUUCUAAUCAUGAUCGAUGGUAUAUUAAAAAUGAAUAACUACACAAACAUUAGAGACAAAUAUUUGGAUGUUAUAUACGAUACUUUGGAUACUAUAUUUCGUGUCUAUAAACAUCAAAAAAUAUUCAAAGGUAUUUGUAAAGACAAUUAUGUUUAUAUGUUUGUAUUGGUGUUCAAACAAUAUAGUUUUCAAGAUCAAAGAGGUAAAGAAUUAAAAAAGGUGAUUUCACAGACUAUACGCAAGGAACUUUGGGUUGAUGAAUCAAACGAUCAAUGGGAUAGUCAGGUUAGUUGUGACUUCUUCAAGGAAUACAUUACAACAAUAUUCAUGGAUGCUCACAACUACGAUUAUUUCAUACCUCCAGAACAACCCAAUGACUUAAUUAAUGUGCAAUACUGGAAUGGGUGGAAAAAGGAAGAAAGAGAAUUAAUUGCCGAUCAAUUGCGAGUAUUUUCAGCAUACCACCACCCAAAAAUAUUAUCUAUUCUAUUCCAACAUUUCAAGCAAUGUCUAACACAAACAUGGAAAGAUAAAUUAAUAGUUCUCAAUUUAUUAAAUAUGCUUGAAACUUGGUCGUUGCCUGAUCAUAGAGCAAAGAAAUGGAUUAAAUAUUUUAGUAUUGAUUUUCUUAAAACAGUUAUAUCAGAAACAUUAAAAGAAGAUAAUAUACUUGUUCAAUGUGAAUUAUUGGAAUUUAUUAAACAAUUCGGUAUUGUCCCUUACUAUUGGAAACGUAAGAUGAUUAUCAAAAGUAUAGAGUUUCGAGAUAUCAUCAAAGAAGCUUUUAAUCACAUCAUUAUCAAUCAAGCUUCACCACCACAUCCUCGUUUAUUAUACUCUCUCAUCAAUGCUUGUGAUGAUAGUUCUGAUAGUCCUGGAAUCCAGAUUAAACAAAUCUUUUCCACUGAACCAUUUUGGCAAGAAUAUAUUGUCAACCUCGUUUUAAAGUCGGUUCAAUCAAAUCAAAAGGUUGUGAUCAGUCGUGCUCUAGCCUUGAUUACAAGAUAUCCCGUUCCUCAAUUUACAACAAAUUUAAAAGCAUUAUCAACAACAGUCAUUGCAUUAUUGGAUCGUUUUCAAAUUGACGAUGACAUUUUAUCUGGGGUGAUUCGCUUUUUUAAUCAUACUCACCAACUUGGAUUCAAAGAGACCAAUCAAUUAAUUCAACGAAUAUUAUUUUCACAACAAUAUGAACCAAUUCAAAUCAAUCACUUUGUGGAACGAUCUCUGAUUAAAUGGAUAGGUGAUUCGGCAAAUAACUUGUCAAUCUAUUUACCAACAAUCAUGAAAAGAAUAAUUGAUCAACAAAUCGAGUAUUUUUGUAUAGACAGUUUUUUGAUCAUGUACAAACAACCACAUCAAGCAACAAAUCAAUACAUUCAACAUUUAAUCACAAUUGCCAUCCAACUGAACACAUCAGAUGUCAUUGAAAAAACAAAGAUUGCCGAGCUAUUGAGUAUUCUAUUCACAAGAACAGUGGAAUACAAAGGAGGAAACAUUACAACCGAUCAAAUAUUACAAAUCAUCGAUUUGAUUGUACAAACACAACUACAAUCUGGUGGUUAUGGGGAUGGACAUACAGAGGUUGGUGAUUUGAUAAAGAUACUAGUUUCAAUGGACGAUCAAUGGAAUACUAUUGAAAUGAUAUCAUCACGUGUGAUUGAUAGGGUCGUCGAUUGUAUCAAUCAAAAUAUGGAAUCAGAGCACCUUUCCAAGUCUGGAGUCGAGUUGGUAGUAGAUUUCUAUAAUCUAGCCAAUCCUAUUGUACCACCAAUCAUUACAAUAUCACCAACAACAGAAAAGAUAUCAUAUUUUGAAUGGAUUGAUAGAUUGAUAUUGGUAUUUAAAAAGAGUUAUGAUCAUAGUUAUCAUAAAGAUAUCAUCAAGAAAUUAAAACUAUUAAAAGAAAAUAAAUUAAAAUAA